AUGCUCUGUUCACUUUCGGGCGAAACGCCAAAAGAACCUGUGGUUUCGCCAAAAAGUGGGGCGAUCUUCGAGCGUCGCCUCAUCGAGUCUUACUUAGCUUCUACAGGGAAAGAUCCUGUGUCGGAUGAGCCACUAUCGGUGCAAGAGUUGGUGCCGAUAAAAACUCAAGUUCCAGAAGUCACGCCGCCUCGCCCACCGACUUUCAAUUCCAUUCCAACAAUGUUGGCAGCGUUCCAGAAUGAGUGGGAUGCGCUAGCUUUGGAAACAUACACUUUGCGCAAACAGCUCCACACUGCUCGAGAGGAACUCAGUUUGGCGUUAUAUCAAUACGACGCUGCAGUUCGCGUAGCAGCGAAAGCAAUUCGGGAACGUGAUGAAGCCCGCCUGGCUCUUACAGAGUUGUCGGCCGCAUUCGGAGCUCAAGAAAAACAAGCAGGCGGAAGCGAGAAAAUUCCGGUUCAGGCGUUGAACGCUGCUAGGGAUCGUCUUUUUGCCGAACACAAGAACCAGAAAGUGACCCUUGGUGUGUCCUCAUCGUCAAAAGUCCAAUUCUCAGCUUCUACCGAAGACCUCGAUAUAGACAAUGUCGCUUUCCUCUCUGCGGAACCAGUGACUCAAAGAACCAUAGUGGCUUCUACAGAACAGUGUCAUGUACUCCCUGACGGCAAGAAAUUGUCACUUCCGGAUAUUUCAGAAACGUUCUUCUUAUCGAAGAGCGAAGAAAAACUACCUUUCCUUGUGUCUGGCCGGUCGUUGUUAGGAAUCGAUUCUGGUUCAGAAAAUGCCUUGGAUGUAUCACCAAAACAAAUUGUACCUCAUCCAACUGAACCUCUCUUUUGUGUUUUGACGGACAAGGGCGAGUGGGCUCUUUGUGAUAGAGAUAAUGUGCUUUACAAGUCCGAGAAUGUUCCUUCUACUGCUAUAGAUCUUCACGUGGAUGGAGUUUUACUAGGAGUGGGAACCGCUUCCGAAGUUUUGAUCUUCGACCUCACUUCUACAGAGCAGGUUGCUGCUAUAUCUACUAAGCACGCUCAUGUCAACAAAAUCCAAUUUGCAUUAAAUGGGUAUUGGCUUGUUGUAGGGUCGUCCUCGGAGGAUAAGAGUGCUGUGCAAAUAUUUGACUUGCGUAAAAAUUCUUUGGUGCAUGAGAUUGACUUUGAUGCUGCAUCAGAUUUUGUCUUGGACCCAUCGUGUCUGGUUUUGACCACAUACUCCAAUCUCCAAUUAGUGGCACAUUUGUAUGUGAAGAAGGGUAAGAAAUGGUAUGAUGCCGUAUCGGCUUUAUCCGUGCAACCUUUGCAUGCCUUGACUUUGAACUCGACUGCUGCCACAGUUCAGGAAACAAACACAAUAGAAAUUAUUGGCUUGGGAGAAAAGCACUUAUGCCGCUACACUUUAUCUCUCUCACAAGAAUCUGUAUAA